AUGGACUUGUGCUGCCACCUGGUGGUGACUCUGAGUAUCGCAGCCUCUCCCACCCCCAUCUCCAGCCUGGGCCAGACCGUCUACGCCAGGUUCCUCCGGGACCCCGAGGCCAAGAAGCGCGACCCCCGGGACACCUUCCUGGUAGCCCGGGCCCCCGACGCCCCCGAAGGAUCUGGGUCCCACUAUGAGUUUCUAUCUACAGAUGAUGAGGAAGAGGAUGAUGACCAGGAUGAGGAGGAAGAGGAAGAAAAGAAAGAGAAAAGCCCUGUGCCCCCCAAAAAGCCCCCUAAGGAGAAGGACAGGAGGGCCAAGGCCCCAGGCCUGAAAGGGGACCCUGGAAGCCCAGACCCCCCACGGAAAGCACUUCGUACCAGGAAGGAGGCCGGGCUGGGAGCCAAGAAGAAGGCAAAGAAGAAAGCAUCGGGAGAGACUGGCAAGGACGAGGGGAGCCCGGAUGGGGUGAGGAAGAAGAGCCCCGCGGCCAUGUUUCUGGUUGGGGAAGGCAGCCCAGCCCAGGCCACCCGCUUCCCCAAAAAGAAGAAAGCCCCACCCAAAGGCUCAGAAGAAGAGAAGAAAGAGGAGGAAGAAGAGGAGGAGGAGGAAGAAGAGGAAGAGGAGGGGACAGCUGUGGCGACCAAGAACAGCAACCAGAAGGGCAAAGCAAAAGGAAAAGGCAAAAAGAAGGAAGAGAGGCCCGCGUCCCCGCCCGUGGAAGUGGAUGACCCCCGGGAGUUCGUGCUGCGGCCCGCGCCCCAGGGCCGCACCGUGCGCUGCCGGCUCACCCGCGACAAGAAGGGCAUGGACAGGGGCAUGUACCCCUCCUACUUCCUGCACCUGGAUGCCCAGAAGAAGGUGUUCCUGCUGGCGGGCAGGAAACGGAAGCGGAGCAAGACAGCCAAUUACCUCAUCUCCAGCGACCCCACCAACCUGUCCCGAGGAGGGGAGAAUUUCGUGGGAAAGCUGAGGUCCAACCUCCUGGGGAACCGCUUCACGGUCUAUGACAGCGGCCAGAACCCGCAGCGGGGCGGGGGCGGCUCGGAGGUGGACAGCCUGCGGCAGGAGCUGGCAGCUGUGAUCUAUGAAACCAACGUGCUGGGCUUCCGCGGCCCCCGACGCAUGACAGUCAUCAUCCCAGGCAUGAGCUCGGACAACGAGAGGGUCCCCAUCCGGCCCCGAAACGCCAGCGAUGGGCUGCUGGUUCGCUGGCAGAACAAGACACUGGAGAGCCUCAUCGAGCUGCACAACAAGCCGCCGGUCUGGAAUGAGGAUAGCGGCUCCUACACCCUUAACUUCCAGGGCCGAGUCACCCAAGCCUCAGUGAAGAACUUCCAGAUUGUCCACGCUGAUGACCCCGACUACAUCGUGCUGCAGUUCGGCCGGGUGGCGGAGGAUGCCUUCACCCUGGACUACCGGUACCCGCUGUGCGCCCUGCAGGCCUUCGCCAUCGCCCUCUCCAGUUUCGAUGGGAAGCUGGCCUGCGAGUGACCCCGGCGCCCC